AUGCGGUGGUUACGCCAGCUCCUGAGCCUCCCCGAGCGGGCGUCGACAAUAGCCAAGUUCCAAUUUCCCGUGGCAAGUCAUGUUAUCCGAGAUAUCGAACCAGAACACCAUCAUACCCAGUUAACCCUUCAGGGCCAUCUCAAUCGCAAACCCCGCAAUCGCGCCACGAAGCUGUUUGCCGAGCUCCGAGACACCAAUGGCGACACUGUUCAGCUUGUAUUUCAGGAUGCGGUGAAUGCUACCUCUGAAGAUUGUGUUUCGGUUACGGGUACCGUACUUCCAAAGCCUGGGACCGACCAAUGGGAACUUCACGUUGACCGAUACCAGGUACUCAAUCCGGCUAAUCUUGAUGCGGCUCGACUUGACAAACUCAAGCACACAUCACCUAAAGACUUACCGCCUCAGUUCAGAUACCUCCAGCUUCGAACUAAAUACUUCAGUGAGGCGUUGAAGACGAGACUGAAGGUAACCUCCACCAUUCGCGAUGUACUCAUCAAUGACCACGAUUUCACUGAGGUAGAGACUCCAUUAUUGUUCAAGCUGACACCAGAGGGUGCUCGUGAGUUUAUUGUACCUACCCGCCUGCCGUCUAAGUUCUACGCUCUUCCACAAUCGCCACAGCAAUAUAAACAGAUUUUGAUGAGCUCAGGGGUGUAUAAGUAUUUCCAAAUUGCUCGUUGUUUUCGUGAUGAAGAUCUUCGUGCCGAUCGUCAGCCUGAAUUUACUCAGGUCGAUUUGGAAAUGGCCUAUAUUAGUGACGCAGCUCAGGUACAAACAGUGGUGGAGGAUAUGGUGAAUGCAGUGUGGAACAAGGUCAAGGGAGCUCACACCUACCGCAUGAACGCUCAGGGACUAUUAGAAAAGGUCAAACCUGGCGACCACUUCAAUCAAUUAACCUAUAGAGAUGCUCUUCGCCAAUAUGGUAUUGACAAACCCGAUUUGCGGUCAUCGCUUACAUUCGUUGACCUCAGUUCUCAAUUGCGUGGUUUGAACCCUCAAUUUCCUGUGGUGGAAGCAUGUGUGCUCAAGGGAGUGGGUAAACCACUGAAGAAACUUACUGAUGCUGGCAAUUACUCUAAGCGCAAGCCUUACGUGGUUAGGGUACAAGACAACAAGUGGUGGCAGGGGCUUGUGGACAAAGCGUUCACCACGACCACUGAAUUCGAUCCGGAAACUUUCACCAAACUAGUUGGCGCCGAACCGGGGGAUGUGGUCGCCAUUAGUACCCGCGCUGACCUCAGUUACGAAAACCCUACCCCCCUCGGUAAGUUUCGCCAAUUAGCCAUUGAAGCUUACCCUGACCAAUGGCGACGUCAAAUAGUUGAAGACGAUGGUACUAUUGUUGAUGCUUCUGCUGACAUUUGCGUCGGAGCGUGGGUUGUUGAGUUCCCCCUCUUCAAUCCAGUAGAAGCCGAAGAAAGUGAUGGCGAGUAUCCAAAAUACGACUUCACCCGGUUCACCAGCACCCACCACCCAUUCACUAUGCCCCGCGUCGACGACUACGACUUGCUUGCGGUUGAUCCGUUGAAAGUCCAUGGCGAACACUACGACUUAGUGGUUAAUGGCGUCGAACUUGGUGGUGGGUCGCGCAGAAUCCACGACCCGGCGCUCCAGCAGUACGUGUUUGAGAACGUGCUUGGCAUCAACAACUACCGUGACUUGUUCGGCCACUUGCUUCAAGCGCUCAGCAUGGGGUGUCCGCCGCACGCUGGGCUCGCCAUUGGUCUCGACCGUUUGUGUGCGAUGGUGAUCGGCCUGUCGCUGAUUCGAGACGUCAUUGCCUUCCCUAAGAAUCAAUCCGGAGUGGACCCAGUGGUGGAAACGCCGACGCCGCUUCCGGCCACCACAUUGGCCAACUACCACAUCGAUGUGGUUGAAUAA